GAUGGUCCGACCGCUGCUGCUGGUGGGAGUGUUGCUGACGGUGGUCAUCGCGGUGACAGCAAAGGAGGGUACGGCGGAGCGGAAGCUGAACAUCGAUCCAGCCCUGCGCAAAGCGCUGCUGCGUGCCUUACGUCACCUGAAGGAGCGCCAGGAGGAGGAAAAGCAGGAACAGCUGCUCGGCGAUGCGAACACGACGGAGGAAAACUUUGCUACCACCAUCUUGGACGAACUGCUCGAGGAGAGUACGGUGGCGGAGGGUGAGGCGCGGGCUCGCGACACGUCCGCCGUUGACUACCACACGUAUGUGGCUAACGCGCAGGAAGAUGAUCGUGACACGAUCGAGGGUGAGGUAGAGCAGCGGGACACGGGUGCGGUAACGGUUGGGUCGGCGGAUGCGAACGAAAUCAUCAAGACGAUUAUUAUCGCGAAACCGAAACCGGCACUGAUUGUACCGAAGCUCGAGUCCGAGAACGAGAUCGUGCCUCAGGUGGAUCAGAGCACUACCGAAGCGCCACUACCGGUCACUAGCAGCACUACGCAGCAAGCUCCUGCUUCCACAACGACAGCAAUUCCCGUACCAACUACACCGGCACCGACCCACAACGAGGAUGGUGAGAAUAUUGAGCAGGUUAAAUCGGAAGAUGUCAAGAUAUUCCAGGCCCCGCUCGUAGCUGCGUUCACCGUGCAGCAAGACCAGCUGGGGGUUUCGCGCAACGUCAUCCCACUGCUCCAAACGCCUCCCAAGCAGAAAACACCCGGUACUGCCGACUUUAAACCGUCGCCAGUGAUCCUACCGGUAGGAGCAGCGGCCUCGGCCGUCGCUACACCCGUUGCUACUGUGCCGCUUCUUCAGAUCCAAGCUGUCCCAUCCACGCAGCCACUGCUCGCACCUCUUGUACCGGCGCCGCCCAUCAGCCUGAGCACACGAGCGCUCGAGGAGAAGACACGUCAACUCGAGCAACAGCUAAUAGCGCUGCAAAACCAGCAGCGUGCGCAGGAGCAGCUACUACGCGCCAAGAUCCAACAGGAGCAAGCCAUCAUCCAGCAGCAGCAGCAACAGUUGCAGCAGCAGAAGCAACGCCUCGAAGAGGAAACGCGUCUCCGCAUACAACGGUUCGAGCAGGAGCAGCGUCUCUUCCGACAGCAGCAGCAGCAGUUCCAGCAGCAGCAACAGUUCCAGCAACAGCCACCCUCCACGAUACAGCUGCCUCCGUUCAAGCCGCAGCCGCUACCCCUGCAGCAACAGCAGCCCGCCCCACAGCCAACCUUCGUGCAGGAGUUGCCCCGACCCGGACCGGCGGUACAGUUCAUCCCGAGCGUUAGUCUACCGGGCGGCAAACCGAUCCCGAUCUCGGUGGAGCAGCAGCUUCCCUUCAAGGAAGCCGUCGACUUCCAACCACAACAGCCGCCACAGCAGCAACAGCAACAACAACAGGGACCCAAAACGACCACCUCCAUCGAGCAGGUGAAGGCCAUCAGCCAACCGCCCCAACUCGCCCGUGAACAGGCACUCCCGCUCAAGCCCUUCCAGCCAUUCAAUCUGUUCCCAGUGCUGCCACCGCUACUGCUGGGACCGAACCAGUUCGAUCAGCAGCUGCCACCGCUGCAGCAACGUAAUCGCGUCUUCCGCCAGGAACCGGGCACCGGUAAUUUCGGCCUUAACGUUGCACCACCUCAGCAACAGCAGCAGCUACCCUUCCGCCCAUCGCAACCGGUCGCGUUCAAUGGCCAACAGGCGGGUUCGCUGAGCGAUAGCCAGAACCUGCAGAAUCUGCUCUUCCAGUCUGGCAUCACGUCCCGCUCGGCGGAAGAUUUCAACAUCAUCACGAAGGUGCUCGCCCUCAACCAUGGCAUCCCGCAGGCAUCGUCCCAGCGCAUGUUCGCCAAACUGAGCCCCGACCAGCAACGGCAGCUGUUGUUCCGAAAGUGAGCGCCCAAGCACUCA